AAGAAGAAAGUUCGAGGGAAGAUGCACGAAGAGGAGGAUGGCAGCGAAGCAGACUCCUGCACGGCUCCGCGGAUCGUGGCCUCCAAGUCCGUGGAUGCGGCCGACGUCGAGGGCGCGAAGGAGCAGGCCUCCAAGCUGUGCGGCUACUUGAACAAACUGUCCGGCAAGGGGCCCCUGAGGGGUUACAAGCCGAGGUGGUUUGUGUAUGAUCCGAGGAAAUGUUAUUUGUAUUACUUCAAGACUCCCCAAGACGCCUUGCCGCUCGGGCACAUCGAAAUAAGCGAUGCGUGCUUCUGCUACGAUGUGGAGGGGGAGGAGGGUCAGUUCGAGAUCCGCACGGCCGGGAAGGAGUUUCUCCUGAAGGCCCCCAGCAGGCAGGUGAUGCAUUACUGGCUCCAGCAGUUGCAGCAGAAACGGUGGGAGUACAGCAACACGCGAGGCUCCGGCCAGAGAGACAGCUGGAGCUCCCCGACCCUGGCCUACCCUCCUACUGGCCUCGUAGGCAAGGACAAUGAUGGCUUCGUCUUUGAGAAGCCAAGCGACAGCAUGGAGAAGGUCCGCAGCGACUUUGCCAUGGAGACAGAAACAGAUGGCGGGGGAAUGGUAGGGAUCCAGUCAGCCAGAGGACCCUCUGCUGUGUCCACAAACCCCCUCAACUUCUCGCUCAAAAACUUUGGUACAGAACUCAGGAACUCCAUGUCAUAUCUGCGGCAGGGCAGAGGAGCUGAGAGCAGGCGCAGUGUGUUUUACACCAAUAACAACAGCACGGAGGAGUGGGAGCUGGUGGAUGCCCCACCGAAGGACUUCACUGAACAGAAACAUCAUCCAGACACCCACAGACAUUCCUUUGGAUCAACGUUUGCUUUCGACUUUGUGCGCAACUCGACGCGGCCUAAGAGGCCUUUGCUUCGAGACAUGGUGGGCUCUGGGAGGUCUGGACGCAAUGCUGAGAGCUCCCCGAUGGAGUGUAACGGCAGCAAAUCUUUGGAGAUGCAGCUUCGCCUCCAGAGCCAGCAGGAAGAAUUGAGCCGCAUGCAGCAGGAACAGGCCAAACUCAGAGAGGAGCUGGCCAGUCAGAGGGAGCUGGUGAGACUUCUGCAGCAGACUCUGAGGACGUCUCAGUGUGAUAGGCCGAAAGUGCACCGUCCAGCCCCGACUCCAGAGUCAUCUGCAGCCUCAGACCAGACCCCGGCUUCGGUAGUAACCCAAGAAGAAAUCACCCAGCUUGAGAUCCUGCUUCAAGAAAGAGAUGGACAGAUCCAGUCCCUGUGUGGCCACAUGGAGCGUCUCGCCUUGGAGAAGGACAGCCUGCAACAGGAGCUGAAGGGCCUGAAGAUUAAAGUGGGGGAGAUUAAUGACCAGCUGGGAAUGCUGAUGGAGACCAUCCAGGCUAAGGAUGAAGUCAUCAUAAAGCUGUCGCAGCAGAGCUCCGAGCACAGUGGAAAUCCAAACAACGCCAGUUCACUACCUCCCUGCAAAGAGCAGCAGGAGCUGGACAUCCUCAAGGACAGUCUUCAAGGCUACAAGUCCCAGAACAAGUUCCUGAACAAAGAGAUCCUAGAGCUGACAGUAUUACGCAGAAACGCAGAGAGUAGAGAAAAGGCUUUAGAAGCAAAGUGUACGGCCCUGGAGGCCAAGUUGUGUCAGGUGGAGAGUAAGUAUCUGGUGCUGCUUCAAGAAGUGAAGACCCCAGUUUGUUCGUCCUCAGAGCAGAGCCCUGCCCGCGAGGUCAUUUCCCGAUUAUUAGAGGAUGCACUGCAGGCAGAGGGCCCUGACCAGCAUGAGCACCCCAUCUUCAAACCAAACACUGUCAGUGAGUAUGACGUGUAUGGCUUCAAGACGGUGCCCGAGGAAGAGGAAGAGGAGGAGAAGCUGAUUGCAAAGGUGCGAGCCUUGGAGCUCAAGUCCCUGUCCAUGACAAAUCAGGAGGUGUCCGUUGGAGUAAAGUGGGAGAACUAUCUGGCCAGCACCAUGAACAGAGACCUUGUGCGCUCCCCUGAGCUCAAAGCCCUGAUUCGCAGUGGUGUUCCCCACGAGCACCGGUCGCAGGUGUGGCGCUGGUGUGUCUCCUUCCAUGUCAAGAAGUUUCGGGACCACUUGGCACCAGACUAUUAUGAGACCUUACUAAAUGUAGCCCGGGAGAAGCCCAACCCAGCCUCGAAACAGAUCGAGCUGGAUUUGCUGCGUACUUUGCCAAACAACAAGCACUAUGCCUCCCCAAGUGCAGGCGGCAUCCAGAAACUCAGGAACGUCCUGAUGGCUUUCUCCUGGAGGAAUCCAGAUAUCGGCUACUGUCAGGGACUAAACAGGCUGGCCGCCAUUGCCUUGCUCUAUCUGGAUCAAGAGGACGCCUUCUGGAGCCUUAUAGCCAUUGUGGAAGUCUUCAUGCCAAGAGACUAUUAUACCAAGACUCUGCUUGGCUCACAGGUUGACCAGCGUGUGUUCAAGGACCUGAUGAGCGAGAAGCUGCCCCGGCUUCAUGCCCACUUUGAGCAGUACAAGGUGGACUUCUCCCUCAUCACCUUCAACUGGUUCCUGGUGGUGUUUGUGGACAGUGUGGUGAGCGACAUCCUCUUCAAGAUCUGGGAUGCCUUUCUUUAUGAAGGUCCAAAGAUCAUAUUUCGCUUCGCCCUCGCUCUCUUCAAGUACAAAGAGGAGGAGUUUUUGAAGUUGCAGGAUUCCACAGCCAUCUUCAAAUAUCUUCGAUACUUCACAAGCACAAUCCUGGAUUCAAGGAAGCUGAUGAGCAUCGCUUUCGGGGACAUGAACCCGUUCCCCAUGAAGCUAAUCCAGAACCGCCGCUCCUUCCACCUGGAGAAAGUCCGCCUAGAGCUGACCGAGCUGGAGGCGAUCAGACAGACCUUCCUGAGGGAGAGGGAGACGAGUCAGGAUGGACGGAGCUUCGUCAGCGAUGAUGAGGAGGAUAAUUGACCUUAAGCUUAAGCACCUCUCCAGACCAUGUGCCUCAAGUCUGAAGAGUCUGAAGACAAAGAAAUGUUGCAGUUGUAAAGGGAUUUAUUUCCUUGAGAAUUGUUGGAGUUGGUCUCUGCAUCAAAGCUGGAACAAUCAACUUUAUACAAAUUUCGAGUGAAAUCGCAUCAAAGGAUCAAAACAUUACAGGCCGAAUGGGCUUUUAUCAUUAUUCCUUCCAUAUUUUUUUUUUUUUUUUUUUGUAACUGCUUUAUUUGACGUAUGCUUCUGUGUUUAUGUGAUGGCCAAAACAGUACGCUUGUAUCAAGUCUCUUCCCCCUCCAGUGCCAAGCUCAAGACUUGCAGUCCGAAUCAGUAUUUUUCAAAACAUGGCUGUGAUCUUUUAAUAGUUGUUGAUUUUAUGCCUGUUGAAGGAAUGAUUGUAAUUUUUUUUUUUUCACUUGUUUUCAUUGUGAUUCGUUUUUUUUGUACUUUCUCUGACCCCAGAUCCUUUCCUAAAUGUCUUAUAAUUGUUUAUAAUUGUCUUGUAAAAAAAUUCUACAUUGCCACUCAACAACACAUCUUUUGUGUUCGAUCCCUGUGUCUGUUGAUGACCUUGGAUCACGUUUGCUGAAAUUCAUAUUAUGCUGAAACUUAAAUUUGAAGUCUUAGAGCCUUCUAAUCACUAGGCAAUGUACGUCUCAUUCCAGGGUGUAUGUGGUUGAAAAGCACACACACAAAGAUUUGCGAUCAAACUGUGGUUCGAAAACAAAAUCUUCCCUUGUAUUAUAACUUAGAAAGUACGUGGAACAUUUUGAGAAUGCCUUCUGUCUCUAUCGCUGGAUCCAGAUCAAAUAACAAGAGAUGCACCUAUUAAGCCAUCACACUAAUGGUGGUGAAGUAAUAUUGGUGAGUUUUGCUGUCUUGUUGUCGCUUGUUCCCAAAGAUUAGGGUGUUAUAAAAUGUUUAAUGGAUUCAGUUUCCCCUGACUACAACCUCAUUUGCAAAAUAUAAAGCACAUGUUUAAUGCUGGGAUUUCUGAGCCCGAUCUUAAACUGCUGAUGUAUUUGCAUCCAUUGUCCUCAGUGUGGCAGUGUAACAUUUGUCUACCCAGUGUCUACGCUGGCUCACAGGUACUGUUUAGCAUACUGUAUUUGAGCUCUGGAUGAAAUGGCUGUACAGUCAGUCUGUCAGCAUGGUUGCUGUGUGAAAAUGGAGAUAUGAUUUGUAAUCUAUGGGGGAAGUAUUUCAGGAGAUUGCUUUACAUGUGGAGCAACAUCUUUCUCUCUUCCACAUCCAGGUACUUGCACAUGACAGUUUACUCUCUGGCAGUGUGACCAUAUCCUCUGUGACACCUGUUUUAUAAUUCUUACAGUUCACCAAACUUGAAGGAAAAAUAUUGUACACACACAAAGAAACCAUGUUCAGAUUUGGUUAAUCAACAGUGUUAAACUGUUGUUUGAAUGCAAAUCUACAACAGGGGGACGAGUGUGUUUUUCUCACUUGGCCUUUUCUCUUGUGUGCUUCUCUGGUGUAUUGUUUACAACUCGUUAUAACUCUGAACAUUCUUUAUUUUUGUUAGUUACAAAAUUGACCACUUUUUCUCUGCCAAAGUAUUGUCAGCAGAGGCGUUUUGCUUACCAUCUUUUAAACAGAUGGCAGAAUUACAGUUGUUUUGAUGAUGGAAAUGUAAAUGAAAAAAUUCCUGUAGAAGUUGAAGUUGAUUUGUUUUCCUCCCGAGAGCAGGUCUCUCUAGAAAUCCAGAUUUUAGGUUUAAGGUAAAACUUCAUUUUUGUCUUAGGUCCACUCAUUUUGUCAGCGGGCUCAUACAGUAAAUUUCAAGAUUUACUCUAUUUCAAUACACAACCUCUUGUUCUAGGCUAGUUUGCAUGCAUUUUUAAUGUUUUAUGUCAUUUUAUUUUUUGAAUAACAUACAUUGAAUAAGCUACAUGUAAAACUAUCAUCUUUUCUUCUGUUUGUUUCUUUUUUCUCCUCCUUUCUUUUGCUUUUUCCAGCAUUAUAUUGCACAAGUGUAGUGACUCCAGAAUAUUAUAGGGCACUUCACUUUUUUUUUUAUUUUGUAUGUAAAUCUCUGCAAUAUCUUGUUAAUUGUUAAUCAGCAUAAAGUGCAAAGCUCUUAUGUUAAAGAAAUCAGCAUACACUGUAUGUUUUUGUAAUACCAGUUAAAGGACACAUUCAAUAAACAAUG